UAGAGACCUCAUUCUACUGGCAUGCACAAAUCAGAUCACAGUUGUACCAAGCGCAAAGACACUUGCACAAACGUGUUGUAGUAGUGAGUUAGGCUACUACACUGUUUAGUUUUUCUUUUAGGGACUGAUAAAUCUGUGAUCUUCUCCAGAACCUUGGAGCAUCAUGAGUUCGGGACAGGCCUGUAUCUUCCUCAGGCGUGGCAACAGAAGACAGCAAAGACAACUGACCAAUGAGGAAAUAGAAGAGUUACGGGAGGCUUUUGAGGAGUUUGAUAAGGACAAAGAUGGCUUCAUAAGCUGUAAGGACCUGGGAAACCUUAUGAGAACUAUGGGCUACAUGCCAACCGAAAUGGAACUCAUAGAACUGGGCCAGAACAUCAACAUGAACUUGGGAGGAAGAGUAGACUUUGAAGAUUUUGUGGAACUGAUGACCCCCAAGCUUCUGGCAGAAACGUCAGGGAUGAUCGGGCUGAAAGAACUGAAAGAUGCAUUUAAAGAGUUUGACUUAGAUGGUGACGGCAGCAUCACCACUGAAGAACUGCGCCAUGCGAUGACCAAGUUACUGGGCGAGCAGACCACCAAGACCGAGAUCGAACAGGUGGUCCGGGAGGCGGACAAAAAUGGAGAUGGCACAGUUGACUUUGAGGAGUUUGUUAAAAUGAUGUCCCGUUAACGGCACCAUGAAGAAAUCCUGGAAGUGUGACAGAGGAAAGGAAGUCUUUUAGUACUUUCCCUACUAAAUAUCAACAUCUUGGACUAUUUUUAACUGCUGACUUUUUUUAAAUGCUUACCAGAAACGAUUUAUUUUGUUUAAUUUAUUUAUAAUAUUUGCCAUUUGUUGCUACGUAAGAAAAGAAGCAGCACAAAAUAUUUUACAUGUAAAUGUCUGCAAUGUAUUUGUAUUCUUGGACUUAAAACCUAAAACAUAAAUAUUAUUUUACUUGUUGUGUUUGUUUGUCUACUUUAUAUAUCAAGACAGUCCUAGCACAGAGUUAUGCAGUGACAAUGGCCUCGGAGAACCAGACCUUAAGUUAAAUAUUUGAUCUUUGACACAGUUUUUAUGAAGAAUGGAUUAUCAAUAUCAAAGGUCCUUGACAUCUGCUUCGGCAGUCAGUCUCUUGCAGCUGCUUUGCACUGAAAAAUAUGCUGUUGAAUUAUAUAUCUUCACAAAUAAUCCAAUUGUUAAUAACUGAUGAACUGGUUGUGGGAGGCAACUGGACCUAUGCAUUCACUUGUUGUUGUUGGUGUUGUUGAUGUUGUAAUCUCUCAACUAAUCCUGUCUCACCACGCUUAAUGUGGUCAGGGCUAUCCAAUAGGAAAAAAGUUUUCAGCAUUUACACUGACAUGUAUAUUGUUUCCUAUAGAAUUGACAUAUUUAGUAAGAUUUGUAACACUGAACCCAUAUAACACAAGUUCAUGUUUUGAAACCAUUGGCAAUUGCAUAAGACAACCAAAUUAUUUGGUGUGUGUCUGGUGUAUGUAUAUGAAUUCAUACAUUUGGUAUGCAUGUAUAUGUCUGGAUUAAUCUGUCUUUAUGCCGUGGAUUAGUUGAGUCCAUCUAAUCCUGAUGACAUGAGCAGAUGGCAGACAAGGAAGCUUUCAUGUACUAAAUUAAUCUAAUGUUACUCUGCAACUGGAAAAGGUUAAUGGAGAGAAUCUUUUAGAACAAAGUGUAUUAAGGUCAAUUCUUCCAAGUCCCUCAUUGUACUUGAGAUCUGUGCUGUGCUGAGGAUUCUGCUUAUCCCUAUCAUGAGUGAAAUUGUGGAAGAUAAAUAGUUUUCUAAAAAUAAAUUUCAACAACA